UUUAUUACACACUACGAACUACCCAAGAAAGAGAUCCUUGUCUCGCGUUACACAGUACCAUCUCUCUCUCUCUCUCUCUCGGGUGUUUGAGUUGUCGGAUCUUCUUCGGCGACAACAACAGCCGCAACAGGAACAAACAGUAAUGGCCAGAGGUGCAUCACAGUCUCAGGCUUCGUCUUCAACGUCUGGUCGGCCGGGUGUCGUCGGCAUAGCGCCGCGCGGAUCUGCCGCAGCGGCAGCAGGGAUGCGGCGCCGGAGAGUUGGAGCCAGCGGUGGAGGCGGAUCCGGCGGGUUUGGCGGUGGCGGGAGCGGAAGCAACAUGUUGAGGUUCUACACCGACGAUGCCCCUGGCUUGAAGAUCACUCCUACUGUCGUCCUCGUUAUGAGCCUCUGCUUCAUCGGCUUCGUUACUGCUCUCCACGUCUUCGGUAAGCUCUACCGCUACAGAUCUGGUGGCGGAGCUUGAUUCAAGAGUCGACUCUCUGAUCUUAUCCAUCUUAAACAGAUGCAAUUAGGUCUCAAUUGGUCAUCGGAUCGCACGUAUUUUGCACUGUAAAUUUCCUCCAUGUUUCAAACUUAUUUCCUUAGUCUGGUCUUUAGUUUAUAGGUCUCUUCUAUAUAGUGCUUUUGUUUGCCCUUGAUGUUCUUCUAAACGAGACGGAGAGUUCUGCUUUGCUGAUUUGGCAAUCGUUGAUUGAAUGAUGGAGGCACAUAUGGCUGAACCCUUUCAAUCGCGUCUGUCGAUCGAUUUGGUUUUAUUUGUUGUAUUUCCCCUGAGCUAAUGACCUCUUGAGAUCGGAAAACUUAGUCGUAAUUAACCUCUUUAGUAGGUUAUCGCCGUUUUUCUUUUGUGACCUGUUCUUGCCUGAGAAGGUUUCUGUAGUACUUGGUUUAUUUGCAGUGCACUUUCAUUUGCACUGAUGCAAAAGUUUGAUAGUGCAAAUGAGUUGAGAGAAAAUUAUGAUGUACUUUUGUUUCA